AUCCUCUCUAGAUAUCGAUCGAACAGGCGGAGCUAAAUUCCCAAUUCCCUUUACUCGCUUCUUUCCGAUUCGAAACCCUAACAAAAACCCUCAUUGACGAAAUUGCCGUAUCGUUGACGAGAAUGGAGUUUGACGAGUACGAGUACCUGGAGAAGACGGUUGAGGAAGGAGAUGGAUCGAAUAGGAGGAAGGAAGAGAGCGGUAACGAGAAGAGCGAGAAGAGUUACAGGAAGAGAGAAGGAGAGAGGCAUGAGGAAGAAGACGGCGACGAAGAGCGUGGGAGCAGUCGGAGUAAGAAGUCUCGGGGGGACGGCGAAGAGAAUGGUUCAGGUAAGAGGGAUCGGGAGAAAGAGAGGCACAGGAGCAGCCGGGACAGUAACAGAGACCGUGAGAAAGACAAGGAGAGAGAGAGGGAUAAGGUUAGAGAAGGAUCGAGAGAUAAAGAGAGCGAUCGGGAGAGGAGUAGCAAGGAGAGAGACAGGAGCGAUAGGGACAAAACCCGAGACAGAGAGAGAAGAGAGAGGGAGAAGGAGAGAGAGAGAAGGGAGAGGGAGAGGAGAAGCAGCAGUAGAUCUCGGAGGGAAGAGAGGGAACGCGAAUUAGUGGAAAGAGGAAGCAGGAGACUCAAGGACAAGAAAGAUGAGCCUGAAGCAGAUCCAGAGAGAGACCAGAGAACGGUUUUUGCAUAUCAGAUGCCUCUUAAAGCUUCUGAGAGAGAUGUUUAUGAGUUCUUCUCCAAAGCCGGCAAGGUGAGGGACGUGCGAUUGAUCAUGGACAGAAAUUCAAGACGGUCAAAAGGGGUCGGGUAUAUAGAGUUCUAUGAUGUGAUGUCAGUUCCAAUGGCUAUAGCUCUGUCUGGACAAAUGUUUCUUGGGCAACCGGUGAUGGUUAAGCCCUCUGAAGCGGAAAAGAAUUUGGCUCAAUCUAACACCACUACGGGUGGUAUAGGUACUGGCCCUGUAGAUAGGAAGCUGUAUGUAGGGAACCUACAUUUCAACAUGUCAGAGUUGCAGCUUAGACAGAUUUUUGAGCCGUUUGGUCCCGUUGAGCUUGUCCAGCUACCACUUGACCUUGAAACUGGGCAAUGCAAAGGUUAUGGAUUUAUCCAGUUUGCCCAAGUUGAACAUUCAAAGGCAGCACAAAUUGCGUUAAAUGGAAAACUGGAGAUUGCUGGUCGGACACUCAAGGUUAAUUCUGUCUCUGAUCAUAUUGGUACACAAGAGGCUCAUCCAAAAUCUGCUGAUUUUGAUGAUGAUGAUGGAGGUGGGCUGGCUUUAAAUGCACAAUCGAGGGUUCUCCUUAUGCAAAAGCUGGAUCGAACAGGUAUCGCAACAAGCAUUGGGGGACCUAUUGGGGUACCAGCGCUAAAUGGAACAGCUCUUAACCAAGCAGGCAUGAAUGCUGGCUUCCCCACGUCAGUGCUUCCGACAACAGCAAUUCCUUCUUUAGUCACAGAGCCUAUUGGUCAGCCAAGUGAAUGUCUUCUAUUGAAGAACAUGUUUGAUCCUGCAACCGAGACGGAACCGGAUUUUGAAGAAGAUAUCAAAGUAGACGUUGAGGAAGAAUGUUCAAAGUAUGGCAGAGUCAACCAUAUUUAUGUAGACAAGAACAGCGCAGGUUUUGUGUAUGUGCGUUUUGAUUCGGUGCAGGCGGCAGCUGCGGCUCAAAGAGCAAUGCAUACGAGAUGGUUUGCACAGAAGAUGAUAUCUGCAAUUUUCAUGCCUCCACAUGAAUAUGAAGCCAAAGCCAAGGCGUGAAUUGCAAGCAAGCCAAGAAGUUUUUUUUUUAUAAUUUUUUUUUAAAAUUAAGUGAUAUUACUUUCUUGUGUUUUCUAUAUGAUAAUUGUUCUAAGUGAUCAAUCACUAAUCAACAGUUUAAUAUUUGAUGAUACUAUGUUACCUUGAUUUUGCUAGAACUAUGAUAUGAGAGCAUUAUCGGAAAA